CUGAGAGGAAGCCAUUUCCCUAUCAAGUGACCAGAGCUGAGAAAGAGAAACAAACAGCCCCUGACUGAUAGCUUCUCUCCUAAGGUCCGCAGGAUCCUAAGACCAGGUCAUCGCGGGUGCCCAGCCCUGGACAGGUAACCGGGACGUUCUGGCUCCAGUUCAACCAACGCAGCCCUGCAACUGCGUCUGCAGAAGCCAAGCUGUGGGACGGAAGGUGGCUUGUGGCAACGAGGGCCUAUCAGGACCCACAAGAAACCACAGAGCUGCUCGGUGCCUCCGGCCAGCGUCUUCCUCUGAAGAAGCCCUGACUGACCUGAGGACAGAGGGAGCAAACGGGGCAUGAUGCUGCCUGUGACCCACGUGCUAGCCUUCGGUGCUUGGCUGGUGACACAGAGCAAGGCUACGCCAGAUGCCCCCAAAAUCUCCAUCUUUCUGAAGCCACCGGGGGUGAUCUCACCGGGAGGCUCCACCAACAUCUGCUGCAGUUGCCAGCGUGACAGUGGGAACUUUGUGCUCUACAAGGACGGCUACCAGAUCCGUACCCUGGAGCUGCAUGGCAGCAGGGCCGAGUUCUCCAUCUCUAACGCCUCCCAGGAGGACGCAGGUGCCUACAGCUGCCAUUACAUACAUGGAGGCACUGUGCUGGCUCGCAGCGAAACCCUGGAAGUCAUGGUGCGAGAUUUCCGUCUCCCCACACCUGACCUCUCUGUCCUGCCCGGGCUUGAGGUGGCUGCAGGAGCUUACGUGACUUUCCGUUGCGCCAUUGAACACUCCAGUGCUGCCUGUUACUUGUACCUGGAGGGCCACUUCACGGUGCGCUUAAACCCAGAGGAACGAGAGAAUUUCAAACUCCCCCGUGUCAGUAAAGAAAAGGAAGGCCGCUACAGCUGCCAGUGUUUCGCCAAACGUGAAUGGUCUGCUGUCAGCCAGACCCUGGAUUUGGUGGUGAGAGAUUACACCUGGUCCAACGGGAGUGGGAGGGGAAGAGCUGGCCCCAGACAGCAGCCAAGAAAAGCAGCAACUGGAUUUUCAGUUGGUCCACAAAUGGCAGAAGCAGCCAAACAUCCAGGACAUAAGGAACCUACUCACUGCAAGCUGGAGGACGACCCAGGUGUUCAGGACUCCCUCAGCCCCCACUUUCCUCAUACCCAUGGGAGGACAAAUGCAUGCGGGGUCAAAGCACCCUCAUCCUGCUCUAACCUCAAGGUUCCCACCCAGCUGGCAGAAGAACCUAGAGCCCAGGGCACAGGGCCCCACAGAGGAAUCUUGUGAUGGGUCCCAUGGAGGAGCCCAGCUGCCAUGCUCCCACACCAGCCUCCAUUGGAAGCCACAGCCUUGGUGCCUGUCCUGCUUAUAGAGUUCUUGUGCCACUGAGGCAGAGGGCCCUGCUGAGUGGCAGCACUGCAUCUUCCUAAUUGGAGCCACCCCUCAUUUCUAUGGUCUCCUGAAGCUCACAGACAUCCUGCCCACUGAUGUCACAUCUGGCCUCAGCCCCUUCUUCCACCCUAUUUCACCACAGGGGAGACCACAGACAAGAGAGACAGGAGCCACAUGCUCAGUCUUCCCAGCCUUGAAGGCACAUAAGCCUCUAUCUUCAAAGGUCAAAAGUCAGGGCACCUGACAGGGAGCCUUCAGCACUGAGCAAUGGCAUCGUCAUCGUGUAGUCUUGGCCCAAUUAGAUGAUCUGGUCACCCCAGGAACUGCCCUUUGACCUCAUGGCAGGGAUCACCCAACAAUUGGAGAUGAUGACAUGGCAGUUUGGCAACCCCUGGACCCAUGAUCCCUAUCACGCUGUUUCACCUCAACAUA